AUGGCACUCGAUAUCUUCGAGUCGCUGUCGAGACUCUCUGGCUCUUCCAGUCUGGCCAUUUUGAUCUCCACUACAGUCGCUCUACUUAUCAUCUUAUUUUUCCACUGGUUAAAAAAUGACACCAUCCCCAUCAUCAACAAGUACAAGGGCGACAUCUUUUCGAAAAAGGCUCACGCUGAAUACCUCACCAACAGCGAGAAGCUCAUCAGCGACGGCGUUGCCAGGUAUAACGGCCCGUUCAGAGUCAUCACAACCCUGGGGUCCAGAGUGAUUCUCCCGGCCAAACUCGCCAACUGGGUCAAGAACUGCAAGGACCUCGACCAUGUACAGCUCGUCGCCGACGAGUACUUUGCAGGUUAUCCCGGUUUCGACGGAAACGGCGCUGUCGUCAACCCCGAUCGAAUGCUGAUUGAGGUUACAAAGGCAAAACUCAACCAGAGCUCCCAAUGCGAACUCUUUCAUCGGUACCUUUCCGAGUUGCUUGAACAGGAGUGGGCCGAUAAGAACGACAACUGGCGGCCUGUUCCGUGGGGUCAAGAUGUCGCACGCUACGUCGGCCGCAUGUCGAGCGCAGUCUUCGUCGGUCCAGACUUGGCUCGCGACCCGGAAUGGCAGGCUCUUAUCCUGAGCUACACCGUCAACUUGUUCAACGGAGUGCGAGCCCUGCGCACCUGGCCUGCCUUCACGCGGAGCUUCAUCCACUGGGUUUUGCCCGAGUGCAGAACCUGCCGGAAGCAAUUAGUGCUCGCUCGCGGGUUGUUGCAGCCGAUCAUGGACAAACGCCGCCGGACCGCUUUCGAGCUGAAGGCUGCUGGCCAGGAUUCGCCAUCGUACAACGACACAGUCGCGUGGGUUGAAGAAGUCGCUGCCGGUCGGCCGUACGACCCAGCCGCGACGCAGCUCGGGUUCGCGAUCGCCGCCAUGCACACCACCACGGAGUUGUUGAAGCAGACCCUAGUGGACAUCUGCUUCCAUCCGGAACUCAUUCAGCCCCUCCGCGAUGAAGCUGAAGCCGCAGUAGGACAGCACGGCUGGACAACUGCUGGCUUAUUCCAGAUGCAGCUGAUGGACAGCGUCAUCAAGGAAACUCAACGGAUGAAGCCCGGGUCGCUUGUCAACCUGGAACGGAAGGCGACAAGAGAUGUGGCCAUGCCCGACGGUACGGUUCUGCCCCGAGGGACCAACGUUGCCGUCGACACGGCAGGGAUGUGGGAUCCGGAAAUCUUCAAGGACCCCAGGAAAUAUGACGGAUAUCGGUUCUACAACCUUCGCAAGGAUGGCGGAGCUGCCAGCAACACCGCCCAGCUGGUUUCUGUCAGCAACGACUUCAUCGCGUUUGGGCUCGGCCGGUCGGUUUGUCCUGGGAGGUUCAUGGUGGCCAACGAGAUCAAAGCCGCGCUUGCGACGAUCCUGCUGCGAUACGACGUGCGGCUGGCGGACGGCCAACGCCCGCGAGUGGUACACUAUGGAUUCGAGAUGUUGUCGGAUCCGACCACGGUGCUGGAGGUUAGGAGAAGGGCUUGA